AUGUUCCUGCCCGAGGAGGACGCCUUCUGGGCGCUUGCCCAGCUGAUGACCGACGACAGGCACGCCAUGCACGCUCCUCAGGUUCCAGGCUCAUCACGAGCGCAUCCUCGAAAGAGCUCUUCCCGACCUGAGGAAGCACAUGGCGAGUGGGAGCUCCUGAGGCUCCAUCCCCGGGGCCGGGGCAGGGGGUGGGGGGCACGGCCCUCCGAGCUGCCCAGAGUUGGGGUCACGUUCCUCCCCCUGGGGCCCGGGGGCGCCCUCGGGGCUGGGCUGGGCCGUGGGGAGCGCGUCCACCUGGCUCCAGGGGCCGUGGCGUGGGGCCUGAGCAUCUCCUGCCCUCCUGCCAGGACGAGGAGCAGAUGUCCACCGGCAUCUAUACCCCAAAGUGGUUCCUGUAGUGCUUCCUCGAUCCCCUUCUCGCUCAUCCUGAAGCUGUGGGAUGCCUAUAUAUUGGAUGGGGAGCAGGUGCUCAUGGUCAUGGCCUACACCAUCCUCAAGGUGCACAGGAAGCGCCUCCUGAAGCUGCCCCUGGAAGGGCUCCGGGAGUUCCUCCAGGACUCUCUGGCCCAGCCCUGGGCCCUGGAGGACGAGGCGGUGCUCAGACACCUUCGGGCCUCCAUGACCCAGCUCCGGAGGAUGCGGUGUGACCUGCCCCCCCAAGCGGGACCUGAGGAGUUCCCCACGAGGCCCCUGGGCCCGGAGCGAGUGUCCCUGGUGCCCGGGUCUCUCCUCCCUUCUCCGGCCUCUGAGACACUGCCCAGGGUGGAGGAGCCGGCCUCCCCGGGCCCAGCCACCCAGCCUGAGCCACCCGGAACCCCUCCCGGCCAGGCCAUCGUCCAACAUCCCCCCCAGCGAUGGAGCUCCCUCCCCACCCUCCCAGUGCAACAAGACGGUGCAGGCAGGCGGCCCCCAGACAUGGGCUUGAAGACGAAAAACGGGGUCCCCUUCCCUUCGGCACCCGCCUGAGCCACCCCAGAGGCCCCGCAACAGACCAGGCCCUGGAGCCCCCCGGGACUCCCAUCACGGGGUCCCCCCAGCCCCUGAGGGAUGACACUGUCGGGCCCAGGACACCGUUCCUGCCCCACAACCACUGCAGCUUGUGCCCCUCACUGGGCAGUGACGGGCACAGCCAGGGCAGAGCCAGGACGGCGCUGAGCCCGCUGCCCCGAGGCCCCGCACAGGCCCGGGACCCUCUGCCCUCCACGUCCACGGGGCAGCUCGAUGCUCGCGGGCCUCGGGGGCAGAGCGUGGCGGUGAGGGCGGGGGCCCGGAGGCUCUGGCCCACCGUCACCGUGCCCUGCCUCGUCUUGCUGUCCCUCCCGGAGGGCGGCACCCCCCGCACAGGACACCAGCCCCUGACCCAGAGGGACCUGGGCUGGCCUGACCCCGGGCUCUGUGGGGGCAGGGGCGACUCAAGCCCCCCCCCCCAGGCCCAGCACUAAUGGGAUCCAGCGCCCCGGGGCCCUGGCCAGGCCUGCGUUCUGGCCCCGGGCUGAGCGAGCCCUCUCACAGCCAGAUGUGGCCUUCUGGGCCCUGGGCAUGCCCCACAGAUCCAGGUCGCUGACCUAGGGCAGCCCUGGGGAUCCCGGGACACCCCAGGGCAGGGCAGCAGGGGCAGGCCCGUGGGUCCUCUCCUAUACCCACACCAGGAGGCAGGCUCCUCCAUGAGCCGGGGCUCCAGCAGUCAGUCACCCGGCCCCAGGGGGCCCGAGGCCGGGGUCCAGCUGCCCUGCGGGGACCCAGCGCAGGAGCCCAUGGGCCGCAGGUCCAUGUCAGCCCUGCUGUCCCGAGAACCGCCUCUCAACGCCCCAACCUCAGGACACGCGCCCCCACCCGGAGUCGAGUCCGCACAGGCUCCCAGGUGGGGGACUCCACCCCCGUGGGAUUCCCGCUUUCCUCUAAGGACAGGAAGGUCUCCCAGGGGAAGGCGCGCACCCUCGGCUCUGAGCCCCUGUUUGCUGUUGCAAGUUCAAUAAAGUGU